UCCUCCGCCGCCCCGCGCCGCCGAGCACUCGUCUGUGGUCGCUGCGUCCUUGGCAGGCGUGAGGUCAGAGCGAAAAUGAGGAGCGGGAAGGCCUCCUGCGCCCUGGAGACCGUCUGGGAGGACAAGCAGAAGCAUGGGGAGGCUGAGCAGCGCUUCCACGAGCAUGAGGCCACGCGAGCCGCCACCGCCCAGCAGCUCCUGGUCCAAGUGCCAGCCGUGAAUGGGCCGGGUCAGGAGGACACCAAGGAGGCAGAGGAGGCCGAGGCCCCUGAGAGCUGCAGGGACAGUCCUGGGAAGAGCCAUGACGGGAGGCAGCCCCUGCAGAAGAAGAGAAAGCGCUCCCCGAAGAGCUGGCUCGGCAGGGCAGACCUCGCCCUCAUAGGCCUCUCGGCUGACCACGUCUGGCUAGACAAGCCGCUUUUCGACCAGGCGGAGAGCUCCUACCGCCAGAGGCUGGCAGACUUGGCUGCCCAGGCAGCCCGGCCACUGGCCCUGGCCUCCAGGGGUCCUUGCACCCAUGGAAGCCAGGUGGCCUGCCACCAUGUGACCUGGGGCAUCUGGGUCAACAAGUCUGUCUUCGACCAGGCUGAGCGGGCGUUCGUGGAGUGGUCUCAGGCUCUGCUGUUGGCCACAGAGGGGAGCAGCAGGCAGGGGGCUCCUGACACAGGCCAGCGAGCACCUGCCCUGGACCUGGCCCUCACCCACCAGCCCAGUUCGCCGGCCAAUGGCCAGCCCCCAUUGGGCAGCCUGCAGGCGCUGGUGCGGGAGGUGUGGCUGGAGAAGCCUCGGUAUGAUGCAGCCGAGAGGGGCUUCUACGAGGCCCUGUUUGAUGGCCACCCCCCUGGGAAGGUGCGCCUGCAGGAGCGAGCCAGCCAGGCUGAGAAUGCCAAGCGUGGCCGCAGAGACCGGCGGGGCCGCAACACCAUGGGGAGCAAGCGGGCCGAGCCGAGGCGGGCUGAUGGGGGGGUCCCGACGUCUGCCCUGCCUUACUGGUACUUCCUGCACAAGGAUGCUGAGGCCCCCUGGCUCAGCAAGCCCACCUACGACAGUGCGGAGUGCCGUCACCACGCUGCUGAGGCCUUGCGCAUGGCCUGGCGCCUCGAAUCCACAUCUCUGGUUCACCGACCCAGUGCCCGAUCUGGCCCAUCCAUGUCCAGCCUGAGACCCAACAGGAAAAUGGCCACAAACUUCCUAGCACAGGAGAAGAUCUGGUUUGACAAGUUCAAAUAUGACGAUGCAGAAAGGAAGUUCUACGAGCAGAUGAAUGGGCCUGUGGCUGGCUCCUCACGCCAGGAGAACGGCGCAAGCGUGAUCCUCCGGGACAUUGCGAGAGCCAGAGAGAACAUCCAGAAAUCCCUGGCCGGAAGCUCAGGCCCUGGGGCCUCCAGCGGGCCCAGCGGAGACCACAGUGAGCUCGUCACCCGGAUUGCCAGCCUGGAAGCGGAGAACCAGAGCCUGCAAGGCGUGGUGCGGGACUUGCAGCAGGCCAUCUGCAAGCUGGAGGCUCGACUGAGUGUGCUGGAGAAGAGCUCACCCACCCACCGGGCCACAGCCCCCCAGACCCAGCAUGUAUCUCCCAUGCGCCAAGUGGAGCCCCCCACCAAAAAGGCGGCCGCCGCUGCAGAGGAUGACGAGGACGAUGACAUCGACCUGUUUGGCAGUGACGAGGAGGAUGACAAGGAGGCUGUCAGGCUGCGGGAGGAGCGGCUACGACAGUACGCAGAGAAGAAAGCCAAGAAGCCAGCGCUGGUGGCCAAGUCCUCCAUCCUCCUGGAUGUCAAGCCUUGGGACGACGAGACGGAUAUGUCCCAGCUGGAGGCCUGUGUGCGCUCUAUCCAGCUGGAUGGGCUGACCUGGGGGGGCUCCAAGCUGGUGCCCGUGGGCUACGGCAUCCGAAAGCUGCAGAUCCAGUGUGUGGUGGAAGAUGACAAGGUGGGGACUGACCUGCUGGAGGAGGAGAUCAUCAAGUUCGAGGAGCACGUGCAGAGCAUAGACAUUGCUGCUUUCAACAAGAUCUGAGCCCUAGCACUGGGCCUGGACAAGAGGCCUUGCCCCUAUUAAAGACUGAGAUUUCCUCUGUC